ACCUGCCAGCCCAGCUGAACGAGCUCUGCUUUGUCACUCUUUUUAAUCCAACGGUUCGCAUCCCAUCCUCCAAAAAUCCCUCCAUCUUCACCUACGCAAUCAUCGCCACCCCACCACCCACCAAAAUUAGCCCCCCGUCCCUCUCAAAUAACAUAACCCUCUCAAGAAAACCAGAUCUAAAUCUUCCUCUCUUUCUUUCUCUUGAUUUCCAUCUUCUCUCUUUCUAAAACAAUGGCUGUCACACCAUCAGCUCGCGAGGAAAAUGUUUACAUGGCAAAACUCGCCGAGCAAGCCGAACGUUACGAAGAAAUGGUGGAGUACAUGGAGAAAGUCUCUGCCUCCCUCGAGAACGAGGAACUCACCGUGGAAGAGCGAAACCUCCUCUCUGUGGCUUACAAAAACGUGAUCGGAGCUAGACGUGCUUCGUGGAGGAUUAUUUCCUCGAUCGAGCAGAAAGAGGAGAGUCGUGGUAACGAAGACCAUGUGUCUGUGAUCCGUGACUACAGGGCUAAGAUUGAGACCGAACUGUCUUCGAUCUGUGACGGGAUCUUGAAGUUGCUCGAUUCGAGGUUGAUUCCAACGGCCUCGGCUGGUGAUUCGAAGGUGUUCUAUUUGAAGAUGAAGGGAGAUUAUCACAGGUAUUUGGCUGAGUUUAAAACCGGUGCUGAAAGGAAAGAGGCUGCUGAGAGUACUCUCACUGCUUACAAAGCCGCUCAGGACAUUGCAAAUGCAGAGCUGGCUCCCACUCACCCAAUCCGUCUAGGAUUGGCUCUUAACUUCUCUGUCUUUUACUAUGAAAUUCUCAACUCUCCAGAUCGUGCUUGCAGUCUUGCUAAACAGGCUUUUGAUGAGGCCAUUGCGGAGCUGGAUACGUUGGGUGAGGAGUCAUACAAGGACAGCACUUUGAUCAUGCAACUCCUUCGUGACAAUCUUACUCUUUGGACCUCUGACAUGCAGGACGAUGGUGCUGAUGAGAUUAAAGAAGCAGCACCCAAACCUGGUGAUGAACAGCAGUGAAGGUGCUCUACUGCAAAUUAGGGUUGAACUUCUCCUCUAUAUGUUUUUAAUAGGAGAAGGUGCUUGUUGCUAAUUUGCUUGUUAUUCUGAUCUUUUAGGCAUUCUUGUCUUGGUUAUGAAUCAUGGACGCGCCAAGCUUUUCUUUCUUAUUUUCUUUUAGUUUGUCAUAUCAAUUUGUGUUUCCGGAUGGCCCUUGUUUUCGUAAUGAUAUCUGGUUUUGCCAUUAAGAAA